UCUCGACGCCCGAAAAGUCUCGCGAGAGGCGCUCACUUGUACGGCCGCCAUAUUGUGUGACACUAUUUUGAUUCUUAUCUGUUGGAAGAGAGAAAGGAAGAGAGAAACUAAGGGGGAGCCGAGGGGGAAACGCAGAAGAGCUGUCAGAAGAGAGCGAGGCAGCGGCGGCGGCGGCGCGGGAUUGGGCCUGGUUCUGUCCGCAGAUCCGCGGCGCUGACACGAAGAUGCUAAGCCAGUGCGUGUGAGCGAGUGCCGUGGUCAAGUCCGCUCUGUUUUGGUUGUAGACGAAUGGCACAGGGAAACCAGCAGAUUGACAACCAGGUUCUGCGUCACCUGCGGCAACAGUUUCCAGAGCUUCCCGAGGACGUGGUGUCCGAGUGUGUCCUGCAGAAUAAGAACAAUUUAGCUGCGUGUUGCGAGUACCUGACCAAGGUGAGUCCUGGUUUCUUGUAUAGCGAAGGCAGCCAGAGUUCGACAGAUCUUCGCAAUCACAUGACCCAGCUCAACCUCGGCAUCUCUCAGAAUACCCAUGGCGCCGUGCAGCGAGAUGUAAUGAGGAUGAAUGGCAGCAGGACUGUCACCCCCAGCGCAAGCGAUGGGCCUUUGACCGUGCCAUCCCCUCUCUCCGAGUUCUACCAGCCCGAAACGCCGUCUGUGAUGACACACACGCCCGCGAGCCUCGGCGCCUUCGCCACCAUGGAGUCCACUCGCAAGCCACAGCCUCCUCAGCACCUGGGCCUUUACCAGGUCGGGGGCAAAGGUCACGGACCGCCUCCCACCCCGCGCUUCAACCCGAUCACGGUGACGCUUGCGCCCAAUACCGGCCGCAACACGCCGACCUCCCUGCACAUCCAUGGAGGGCCUCAGUCGGGCCUGAACAGCCCAAACUCCAUCUACAUCCGGCCGUACGUGACCCAGCCGGGCUCCACGCGACAGGUGCAGGGCCGAGCUCAGUACAGCCCCACCUCGCAGCCUGCUCAGCAGAUCUACCAGAUCAGCCACCCUGCAGCUUCCCAGAGCUCCUGGACCGGCAGCCAGCAUCAGACCUCGCACGUGUACAUGCCCAUCAGCUCGCCCACCAACACCCAGGCGCCCUCCAUUCCCUCGGCCGUGGCUUUACAGGCCGCUUCCUCCACACCCUCACCUUCCUCCAGCUCGUCCUCCUUCAGCCAGUACAACAUCCAGAACAUCUCCACCGGGCCGCGGAAGAAUCAGAUCGAGAUAAAGCUGGAGUCUCCGCAGAGGAUGUCCGGAGGGUCAACGGCGACACUCCUGCGCUCCAGCUCUGCGCCGCGAGCCGCCUGUAGCUCUACGUCUUCGUCCUGUCCAGCGUCGUCUUCGCUGGCUGCGUCCGCGGGUCCCUCCACUCCCAUCUCGAUCGGCGGCGCUGGGCUGAGUCGCAGCCAGCCCACGGUGUACAUCUCCCCGUCCCCGCCCGCUGCAGACGACUGUGCCCUCGUUCCCAACGCCCCUCGCUCGCAGCCCAAGUUCUACAUCUCUGCGAAUGCAUCGGCCGACGACGGAGGGGCGAGGAAUCCGCCGACGGUCUAUAUCUCGGCCAAUCCCGCGCUACAGGGCUCCGCCGGUCUGCGAGCUUUGGGGAGCCAGGUGAGCAUGGGCCCUGCAUACAUACACCACCACCCGCCCAAAUCCCGUCCCUCUGUGGGAGCUGGAGGCACGGCCACGUCUCCUCGCGUGGUGGUGACGCAGCCCAACACCAAAUACACCUUCAAAAUCACUGUCUCCCCCAAUAAACCUCCGGCUGUGUCUCCUGGGGUGGUGUCGCCCACGUUUGAGCCGACUAACCUGCUCAGUCUACCGGGCGAUCACCAUUACGCGGAGCCGGAUCCGCUGUACCAGUCCGACCCGCUCUCACCUCACCAGGACAAAAGCUCGGAGCAGCACAGACUCAGCAUGGGUGCGGACGAUGCUGCGUACACACAAGCUUUGCUGGUGCAUCAGAGAGCACGCAUGGAGCGACUGUGGCAUGAACUGGAGCAGAAGAAGAGAAAGCUGGAGAAGCUGAAAGAAGAAGUCAACGAGAUGGAGAAUGACCUCACACGGAGACGAAUGCAGCGCUCCAACUCAGCCUGUCAGAUACCAUCUAUUGAGGAGAUGCAGCAAUUGAGGUGUAAGAAUAGACUUCUACAGAUCGAUAUUGAUUGUUUAACGAAAGAGAUUGACCUCCUUCAGACACGAGGACCAGACUUCAAUCCCAUUGCAAUUCACAAUUUUUAUGACAACCUUGGAUUCUUGGGUCCUGUACCUCCUAAACCUCCCAAAGGUCCUACGAAGCCAGGAGUGGAUCUGGACAGGAGAGGGCGCAGGAUCAGCGUCAGCUCCAAGCUGAAGAGAGACCCGUCUCUCCCUCCUGUGCCUCCCGCCGAGGGCAGCCGGAGCGCCAGGCUCGUGUCGGAGCCCGAGGAGGACGACGGUGUUCAGUGGAGCUGCACUGCCUGCACCUUCCUCAACCACCCUGCCCUCAACCGCUGUGAAGAGUGUGAAUUCCCCCGGCAUUUCUGAGCCACGCCUGCCCUCUCGGCCCACUGUGUGUGUGUGUGUGUGUGUUCGUCUUGUGAUGUCCACUGAAGACUGGAUGAUGUUUACAGCUCUUUCUCUCUGUACAGUGUGCGUGUGUGUGUCAUGUGGGAGAUCAAGGGAAAUUUCCCCGCUUGAUCCGUGAAGAGGCUCGUGUUGCCGGUGAUAUUGACACGUUUAUUUCAUCCACACGCGGUUUACAGAUGUGGCUUUGGAUGCCAGUGUGCCUUUUUCAUGGGAACUGAUCGUGACUGCUUUAUCAGUGCUGUUCCCAAAGGAUCAUGGGCGGAAUCUGCUCGACUCACAGUUCUUUUGUUUGAUCAGUGAAAUGCAAAAAAAGAAAAGAAAA